CGCGUUGCUUCACGGCGCUAGUAGUCUUUGAUUAGUCAACUGGAUACUGACGUCACAUUCCAGCCGCAACUCUGAAAGACGCGACGCGCUUACUCGCUAUUGCAGGCGGCGUAGAUUGGGUGUCCUCAUCACACACGUGCGCAGAUCAGGUUUCACCGGACUGACCGCGUACCUCGCGCAGGCUCACGGUAAACACAAUGGCGCCUGGAAAAUCACACAUCUCUCCCGUUUCCUUUUAGCUAUUACAGCUAAAAAUGCGCUGCGUGCGGUGUGACGCUGGAAACAUGCGUAUUUUUAUCCUGUAAAUAAUAUAAUUUGGUGGUGAAGCUUUUAUUAUAAUAACGGAUUGAAGAUGGCGGAGUUUUCUCCGGUGCUGCCUCCGCUGCGCGAUGAUGGAGGAUGCGGACGGUACGGGCAGCCGCUGUUCCCCAGAUCCCGGUCCGGUUCGGAGUCGGACAGUGAGUUAUCGCAGAGUUUGGCCCGAACAAAGACGCGCUCGUAUGGCAGCACCGCGAGCGUCACGGCGCCGGUAGGAGAGAAAUACAAAGAACACCGGGUCACGGAUGGGGACACACUGCAGGGCAUAGCGCUUAAAUACGGGGUUACGAUGGAGCAAAUCAAACGAGUAAAUAAGCUUUUCAGUAAUGACUGCAUAUUCCUGCGAAACACACUCAAUAUUCCCGUUAAGUCAGAAAAACAUUCCCUCUUUAAUGGACUGUCUCUGGAGUCGCCCGACAGUGAGGGAAGCACGCCGCAGGAUUCGUCCUGCAUGAGUCAAGAUAUGGACGUCUCGUCCCCCCCACCAGAACCAGCAGUUCCAGAACCCAACACCCGACCCGUGCAGGCCGCGGAGCUGUCUGCGAAAGACUACUUGCACCGGCUGGACUUGCAGAUCAAACAGUCCAAACAAGCCGCCCGCAAACUCAAAGAGGAUGGUGGGAGGGAGGAAGAUGACCCAACAAACUUGAACUCAUCAUAUCAGGAGAUUUGAGGGAUUCUUCCUCUAUUUACCUGGAGCACUGACAAUGACCCAUCCUCAUCAUAAUCAUCAUCAAACCUCUUUACCUGCUUUUUUUACUCGUCCUUUACCCAAAGCAUGAAACAGGACCUUUCAUCAAACUCUUGUGCUGAGGGUCCAUCAUUGCCUUCUUCAGCAGUAUUAUAGCGGUUUUAAUUGAGAUUUUUAUCAUUACUGUUACAUUUCACAUGAUGAUGUAGACACUACAGCAAGGUUUGUCUUCUUUAGAUAGAGAGCAAUAGCCCUACACAUGUAGAUCACAAAGUACACUUCUGAUAAACUUCUUCACACAGCCUCUGCCUGUAUGAAAUACUGUAUCCACAGUCAAUCCCCAAAUGUACUUUCUCAAAGAUAAAUACAAACUCGGACUCUUGUGUGGCUGCCUGCUGAUUUUAAUUUGAAAAAAUAUUGUUUUGUCUGCCUAUUAAAGCUUUGUGUGAGAUUGAAAGGGAUAAAUCUGUUUUUUUGUUUUUUUUGUUUGGGUGUGUGUGAAAGUUGUUUGUGUUGGGAUUUCAUAACGUGUUUUACUGUCCUGUUUGAUUUGGGUAAUGCAGAAUAAAUGCUUCUACACUGCGUGCCCAAUUAUUAGGCAAAUUGUAUUCCUCAGGAUUUAUUUUAUUGUUGAACAAACACGAUGCUCUCAGUCAAUCCAAAAUGUUAUUGAACCUCAGACCUGAUUGGUUAACAAAGAAAAUGUGAGUUUUGUCUUUCUCAGGGGACUAUAUAUGUGUGCACAAUUAUUAGGCAACAAAAUUACAAAAAUAAUUUCUCCCAACUCAAUUGUUUAUUCUCAAUUUUUAGAGUAGGUGCAACAAGUAAGUAACACAAAAUGACAAUUAAAAUGUUUGGCCUUUCAAAAAUAUUCAGUGACCAAUAUAGCCAUCCUUCUUUUCAAUAACUGCCAUGAGCCUUCCAGCCAUGGAGUCCGUCAGUUUCUGGAUCUGUUCACCAUCAACUUUCACGGAAGCAGCAACUACAUCCUCCCAAAUGCUGAUCAAAGAGGUGUAUUGUCUUCCCUCACUGUAAAUCUCACAUUUGAGAAGGGCCCAAAAGUUCUCAAUAGGAUUCAUUAUUUGGGCAUCUUUGAGGCCCUUGCUGGCAAGCCAAGCAGUGGAGUACUUGGAUGCAUGUCUUGCUUAAAGCUCAUGGCGUUCUUGAAUGCUGUGGACUUCUUCCUGCACCAAUGCUUGAAGUACUUUCCAGAAACUGCCAGUAGGUUUGAGAGUUGAGAUUCAGUACAUCUUGAACUCAAAAAGGUCCAACUACCUCAUCCUUAAUGAAAGCAGCCCAUACCAGUACCUCUCCUCCACCUUGCUGGUGCCCUGUGUCCAUUAGUGAUCCAGACACGGGCCCAUCCAGCUGGUCCACCAAGUUCCUCUCAAUUCAUUUGUCCAUAAAACCUAAAAAAACAAAAAAUCCAAUCUUUUUCCAAUCUUGAUGCUUCAACUUGUGAAUCUUAUUCAGUGGUGGUCGUGUUUCAGCCUUCUUGACCUUGGCCACGUCUUUGAGCACUUGAGACAAAACGUUUGAUUUUUCGGUGGUCACGCCUCAAUAGUUUAGCUAUUUCAGGAGUGAUGCAUCUGUCUGAAAGACAUUUUACAAAAUGUUACUUUUCAGUGUCAAGUUAAACCCCUUUUUUUUGGCCCAUUUCACCUUAGGUAAUGACGCUGCCUAAUAAUUAUGAACACAUUGAUAUAAGGUGUUAGUCACUUUCGCCACACCCUCCCUCAUUACACAAAUACACACCACCUGAAAAUGAUUGAAUCCAAUAAUCAUUCAAGUUUAUAUGGUUUGGAGUUGGAAAAUGUGAAUGGAAAUAAAGAUAAGAUCAGAAUACUCACUUGCCUAAUAAUUGAGCACGCAGUGUAUAAACAGAUCAUGAGAGCUUCCUUUUUCCGAUGAAUAUAAAUCUGCAAAGUUUUGGAUUAUUAUAGGAUAGCACUCCCACUUCAGCAUCACCAUGGAAACUGCUUAUAACAUCAAAUGUAGUAGAUAUCUGUUAGAUAACAGUCCACUGAGAAAUAAUAAACAGAUUUUAAAAGCUAGUUGCAACAUUUAUUUAAUGGUGUUUGCAGAGGCAUCAUUAUUAUUAUUAUUGCCCAUUUGAGCUAAACUCUAACCUUAAGUAUUACACGGACACUUUGCAUAACUUGAAUGAUGAAAUUGUGCAGCUUCAUGACGAGAGGUGUGCUGAGACUUUUCUAAAAUUAACUUAACCCUUCUGCUUUUGGAAAAUAUUCUAAACAACCGUUUUGUUUGGAUCAAAAGAGACCCACUUGAGGACAGUAGAUAUACUGAACCCUCCAAACAUUUUGAGCCAAGUGGAUUUUGAUGGUUUAUUUGAAUGUUCAAAAAAGUACUGUUUCUUCAAUAAUAACAUUGAAUAAUUAUUGUAUGUAAAACAGAAUGUUUGUUUAAAACACAGUUUCAGAAUUCUUUAUUCACAUCUAAAUUUGGGCAGUCCAAACCAGUCACACGUUCUGUUGGGUGCACACAAGCUCAUGCUCACAGGGAAGGUCAAGAACCAAGGAAAAGUGUGGCGUCUCAUUAAUUAAUUGAAUAAAAUGAUGUGCGGUUAAUGAUUGUCAUUUUUAUCUGAUCUCUGGGACAUUACAGUGUACCCAUGAUCAAAGACAACCUGGAAAUAUCAGGGAAUAUAAAAAGUACUUUCCAGGCCUGUAGAAGUCAUGGAAAUAUCUGUAGUGAAUAAAUAUAUAUAUUUUUAUAGUGUUCUGCUCUAAAAUAUUUCAUGAGCUAGAUAUUGGUCUUGUGUAGAGUAAAACUUGCUUUUGCAAUCCAGUGAUUAUUUUUCAUUGAAUGAGUUGAAACAACUCACAAAUCAGUCUAAAUUAUUAAUUUGCUAAUCAGUCUGAAUCAAAAUGAUUUUUAAAAAUGUGUAUCCAGUAAUCACAAAUG